UCAAAUCACAAUGAAAUUUGUGCUUGCUUUACUUGUGGCUUUGUUUGCCUUGACGUCAGCUCAGUUUGGUGGACCCUUUGGUGGCAUCAUACGGGAGUUUGAGCAGCUUGAACAAGGACAACAACAGCAACAGCAGCAACAACAACAGAGUGGCUUUGGUGGCGGCCAGCAGGAGCAACAGCAGGAGCAAGGUGUCAUCCUUAGGGGGCCCUUUGGCGGUGGCAUUGAAUUCUUUCAAGGUCAACAGCAAGAGCAACAGCAGGGGGCAGGAGGAGGUCAACAGCAGCAGCAACAGCAACAGCAGGAGAACCUAUUCGAUCUAUUUGGUUGAGAUAAUCAUCCAACUGCCAACCUCCCCAACUAGUCAUCAUCAUUCCUUCUAAUCAUAAAAACUAAAAUAAAGUUGAAAA